GAAGAGUUAAUGACUGCGCGUCCCGCCCUCGGCGCUCCCGAGGUGCUGAUGCAGGCGGAGGCAGGUGGUGGUGCUCGGAUGCGGGGCAUCUUCUCCGUCCGGGUGCGGUCGGGCUGCGGAUCGUCUGUCCUUCACUUCUUUUAAAGCAGCGCGAAGAAACUUCGCCGGCCGCCAAUUCUUGCGCGACGUUACUCCGCGUCGCCACUUUGAGUCUCCGCGCGGGCGGCCGCUCGUUCGCACGCGCUCCUCCCUCCACCAAGCCCCCCCUCCCACCCCCUCGCCCUCAAGGGCAGGUAUUUCUGAGGGCCGCUUUGUCUGAGCAAAGCUCUGAUUCCGCGGCUGAAACGAUUCACCCGAGUGUGUUCGCAGUUCGCACGCGCUUCGCACCCGUGCGCUCUAUCCGCGGUUUCCGCGUUAUCCGCGUCGCAGACCGGCUACUCACUGCAGGGCAGGCGCUUCUGCUUCUCGGCCGCCAUGGCGUGGCCCUGCAUCACCAGGGCUUGCUGCAUUAACCGCUUCUGGACUGAGCUGGACAAAGCGGACAUCGCCGUGCCGCUCGUCUUCACCAAGUACUCGGACGCGACGGACGAGCCGCACUUCCAUGUGCAGCCGCGCUCCAAGCAGGCGCCCCCCCAGGGCCGUGUCGCCAUAGAAACGCAGCCCACCCAGGGCGUCUCCAGGGCCGCGGGCGCCGAGGGCUCCACCGCCUCCGUGAUGCGCCAGGACUUCAGGGCGUGGAAGGUGCGGCCGGAGCGAAGCUGCAAACCCAAGAACGAGUACCAGCCUUCGGAGAUCCCGUUCAACAACGAGACGCAGUACCAGAAGGACUUCAAGCCGUGGCCGAUCCCCAAGAAACGGGACCACCCGUGGAUCCCGAAGCCGAGCCUGAGCGCCCGGUCCUGGCGCGCCCCCCCCGCAGAAGAUGAGAGCGGGCUGGAGAAGAGCGAGACUGCCGACAAGGUGCAGGAGAAGGAGAUGAAGCAGCAGGCGAGGAAGCAGGAGAAGAAGGAGAGGGCGGCGGAGAGGCUGAGCGGCAGGGCGGAUGCUGCUGUGGAGGGCAGAGGAAGGGCGGCAGUGGAUGCGCUCAACAGGCAGAUCAAGGAGGAGCUCGGCACCGGCAGCUCCUACAGGAAUGAAUUCAAAGCAUACAUGGAUGUGAAGCCUGUGAAGCCCAUUCGAGCCAGGUCACAAUACAACCCCCCGGUGGAGGAGAAAUCUAGCCUCGAGACCAGCUAUAGCGCCACCUUCAGGGGCGAGCAGAGCCGGCACCUAUCGGCCGACAACAAACUCCAAGAGCAUCGAAGGAUACGAAGCCUCUACAGUGAACCUGGCAGGGAACUCAGCAAAGUUGAGAAGCCAAGCACUCCAAAAUCCAAACCAAAAAAGACAUCAACACCAGUGUCAAGCCAUAGUAAACCAGUGAAAAAGGCAAAAGAGAAGCAGGUGUCAUCGGUGGCCGGUAACAAGAAAAAGGCAUCUGAGAAAGACCCAGAGUCCACCCCGGCGGAGGGCGAGAAGAAGAAGGCUAAAGAGAUAAACAACAAACUAGCUGAAGCGAAAGAGUAACAUCAACGCACUUCUAGUUCUUUUCCUUGUGGUGGAAACAAAGGCUGCAAAAUGAACCCGGCUCCUUCUGCCCUCUCGUUAGGUCCCUCGCUUUCUCUCACGUCUCUCUGUCUCGCUCUAGAUAACACAGUAAUGUCGAUGUGAUGUACCGCCUCGCCGCCUCUCGCCCCACAUGGGCCCCAAUUCCAGGGUCAAGCACACACGCCAAAGCUGCCACCCACUGCUCCGCACCGCUCGCUCUCUCUCUAUUACAAGGUUUCCAUGGCUACAUGCUGACCAGAUGCCCAGCGGAUGUUCUCCGAGAAUGACUCCUCUUGUGCAGAACUGAAAAAAAGCAGAGCGUUUGCUGUCCUGUCUGCGCCGGCACACAUUAUCUGGUAGCAUUUAUCAGCGGUUCGUUUCCAUAUAAAAUGUAUUUGCUAUUGAUAACACUCAUCGUCUGAUUUGAAGCCGGGUUUCAUUAAGAUGCUGUUGUCAGUUCCAGGUGUUUUGCGAAAAAGUGACAAAUUCGCCGUUACGGUUAGGAUCCAUGCUCGCUAUUCAGCUUUUCUACUCUCAGGCACUAUGUUUCGUUUCCUUCCCUGAAGGUUAGAAGCUUCCCUCCUUUUUCAGCUUCUCCACGUAACAGUUCUCUUUGUAGAUAUUGUAUAGAUGAACGUAGUUGUCUCUUCCACCUCGUCUUUUCCAACUGUCAUUGUCACUCUGUCCUUUUAUGUCAGAAAGUAUACAUUAUUAUUAUUAUUAUUAUUAUUAUUAUUAUUAUUAUUAUUUUUAUUAUUCAUAUUAGUGUUUAUAUGUGGCUACAUAGAUGUAUUAUGUUACUGCUGUCACUUGAUUGUUCUUCCUCUUGUGUUUAUAAUUCAACAGCAUUCAGCAUUCAUUCACGUUCAACAUUUAUUUAGAACAACCUGAAAACAUAAAUGUGGGCCCAAAUUAUUUAAAAAAUGUAAACGUAAUGUUUAGGUCCUACGCUACCCGCAGCACUUUUGUGAGAUGAAUAGAAGUGGCCAUUUGACUGUGACUGGGCAACAUUCACAGAGCUUGUAAUUUCCUAAUGUAAUUUCCCGUCUUCCUGAUCCCUUUGACCUGAGCCGAUCGAUAAAGGCUCUCCGAACUUAUUUUCUCAAGUCAAAAUAAUUCCACAACACAAAUGGUAAUGGAAAAGUGAGGGGCAAACCUUCACUUGUGCAGUUGUAUGUUUGUGCAAAUUUCUGUUUACGGUGGAAUUCAGUGUGUCCGGUUUUGUGUGCUCAUUACGUGUGUGCAUCCGAUAUAUCUGCCGCCAUCCUAGUCUCCACUGUACACACCACUGCUGUUGCCCAGCACUGUUUUAUUGAGCGAGUGCCGACAAAAGUUACUCCCUUGUUGUCGUUAUUUCCUUAUAGAUUGUUUUCUGAAGUCCAUGUGCAUUUUUAAUUUGCUUUAUAGAUUGAAUUGUCCGCAUGGUGAAAAAGAACCUUAACAAUAUGGAAAGGUUUCAUUUAUAUGUGUAUUUUUCCUGAUCUAAAUGUCACUCAAAUCGAUUCAAGCCUAUAGUGUAAAUACUGUACACAGGACGUGUGUGAGAACUCCUACGAAGCAGUACUCAUUUAGUUUGACCAUUUUUUGCAGUGUUUUUGGAUGUCACACUUAGUAUUAGUUACAGAUACACUUUAAUUUGUGCCACACAUUGGAAUACAUUUCCUCACAUGCAUCUUGUGUAAGUAAAUUCAUGUGUAAGAACUGAUGGGAAAAUUCAAAUGGAAAAUGAUAUACUGUCAAUUAAUUAAUGCGUUUUGGGAAACAACCUUCUGUUUGCAGCAGGGUUGUCAAUUACCACAUUUUUGAAAUGUAUGACCUAGCGAAAGCAUGCUACAGGUUCAACCUUAGAAAAUAAUGUCUCAACUUUUUUUUUUUCUUUUUUUAACUGAACCACAAUCUUAAAAUGUUUUUUCCUUUUAUUCUUCUUCCACCUUACCUAUACAUUGUGAUGGUACCAAGCUCGGUAUUAUUUGUAUUAUUAACAUUGUAUCACCAAUUACCAGUAAAAAUGAUGAACAAAAAAGUAAUCAAAACACAAAGAACACCACUGUAUUUUCGCUAUAAUGAACUGUUAGUUUUUUUUCCUUUAUAAUACUAUUUUGACACUCAUGUUCAUUACAAAGGAGCAACUAAUUUCAUUGUCUAGCUGACGCUUUAUCAAAAGUGUAUUCGUGUUAUAUCAGUAUACACCACAAGAUACCUUACUCAAGCAUUUCAGGGUCAGGACCUCGCUCAGGGGCACUAUAGAUCCCACAUGGUGCACAUACCAUAAUGGCGACCCUCACGUUUUUCCACUUGAAUGCUUGCUAUUUGAGCUAGUUACUGAACACUAUACUGUAUGUGCCUCAUUUCUGGUGUAGCUAUGCAUAUUUGCCUGUCGUCUGUGUAUGCAUCGCAUCUUCGUAACCCUUCUUGCUCAUGCCUGAGUCCCUGCUGCGGCCCAGGACCUAUCCCCAGUAACCCCUGGAGGAGAAGUGCUGCCUCCCGUCCAUUUUGCAGCCUUUCGGCUAGUUGGCUCUUGGCUGUGGAACGCGCUGAGCUCCCACUCUCGGUACUGUCUGUCGCGCCUGCCGUUACAGAAUGACCCAGAACAUGAGAACGAAAACAAAAUGACACAAAUCUUGGU